AACAAUGAAUGGGUGGAGAUGUUCAAGCCGAGGCAUUCCAGCUAGUGCAGUCGAGCUGCAAUGACAGGCUGAAGGUUGCAGCAGCAUCGGGAUCUGCAUUCAAAGUGAGCAAAUCUUACAUUCUGGAGCAAGCUUGCGUGCAGGUCUUGUUUAUUUGCUGAGACAUGGCCAGUAACCAGGCCAGUCUGCAGGAUGAGCAGAGCAGGCAUUGUAAGUUCUUAUCCUAUAUGUUCUACCAGGCUGUAAGAGACCACAAACCAGUAUGGAUGCUGGAAGAUAUGAGAACUAUGGAAUAUUUUUACUGGGAGGAAAAUGCCAGCCUGAGAACAUAUUCACCUUCGGAAGCCCUUCUCUAUGCAGUGGUGCAUAAUCACCUGCCUUAUGCCCAGUAUCUGCUCUCUCAUUUUCCAGAGGAGGCUCUCAAGGUGCCUGGAGAGCAUUUCUGCUAUUGCCCAUCCUCUGCCCCUCAUUUGGCCAUGGCAGUCACAUACGACAGGAGGGACAUUUUGGGGCUGAUCAUCAAGAUUGCACACAAGCUACCCAGCCUAAACUCCUACAUCAACAGGACCGGCUGCUUUCAUCUGGAAGAUGGCAAGACCCCACUGCACCUUGCCUGCGAACUGCUGAGGUCAGAGACCGUCCUCAUCCUUCUAGGGAACGGGGCUUCUCCCAGGAUCAAGGACAGCAAGGGGCUCACCCCGUUGGAUGUCAUCCUGGAGCAGAUGUGGGACUCCAAAGUCAACGUGGCAUCAAAAAAGCUCUGCCUCGAUUACCUCUUGCUCUUCAUGCCCAGCCCACAGUUUAAGAUGCGGAAAGUUCUGCAGGAUCAUCCAGACCACUGGACAGCUUUGCUAGGGGAAGACAAAUUCAACACCCUGGUGGGGAACACACCUACUUCUUUAUACCUGCAAGCUAUGCAAGCUAUUCUCCAGUCUCUCCCACCUUCCCACUUUCCUAAAAGCAUCCAGGAACUACCUAUACCUCAGGCACUAAAGCCCCUACCUUCCUACGGCAAAAAGCUACAGACAAAAAAUGUGAGACACUGCCUCUGCAGCACAAGCUGGCAGAGUUGA